AUGGCAGCUCCCCGACUUUUCCGCCCAACAGCUCGUCUGUUCUCUUCGCGCCUUGCUUCCACCGCUCUGCGCUCCAACCUGCGCCAGUCCGCCUGCGCCCCGGCUCUGCGUCGCGGAUACGCCACUGAGAAUGGCACCAAGGAGGUUACCGUCCGUGAUGCCUUGAACGAGGCCCUGGCCGAGGAACUCGAACUCAACCAGAAGACCUUCAUUCUCGGAGAGGAGGUCGCACAGUACAACGGAGCUUACAAGGUGACGAGGGGUCUUUUGGACCGUUUCGGCCCCAAGCGGGUUAUCGAUACCCCCAUCACAGAGGCCGGUUUCACUGGUCUCGCCGUCGGUGCCGCUCUUGCUGGUCUGCACCCCAUUUGCGAGUUCAUGACCUUCAACUUCGCCAUGCAGUCUAUCGAUCAGAUCAUCAACUCCGCCGCCAAGACCCACUACAUGUCCGGAGGUAUCCAGCCUUGCAACAUCACCUUCCGUGGUCCCAACGGUUUCGCCGCCGGUGUCGCCGCUCAGCACUCCCAGGACUACUCCGCCUGGUACGGCAGCAUUCCCGGUCUCAAGGUCGUCUCUCCCUGGAGCUCCGAGGAUGCCAAGGGUCUGCUCAAGGCCGCUAUCCGUGACCCCAACCCCGUUGUCUUCCUCGAGAACGAGCUUAUGUACGGACAGGCUUUCCCCAUGAGCGAGGCCGCCCAGAAGAACGACUUCGUCCUCCCCCUUGGCAAGGCCAAGAUUGAGCGCCCCGGAAAGGACCUCACCAUCGUCUCCCUCUCCCGCUGCGUCGGCCAGUCCAUGACCGCCGCCGCUGAGCUCAAGCAGAAGUACGGUGUUGACGCCGAGGUCAUCAACCUGCGCUCCGUCAAGCCCCUCGAUGUUGAGACCAUCAUCGCUUCCCUCAAGAAGACCGGCCGCAUCAUGGUCGUUGAGUCCGGCUACCCCAUGUUCGGUGUCUCCUCCGAGAUCCUCGCCCUCUCCAUGGAGUACGGCUUCGACUACCUGACCGCUCCCGGUGUCCGUGUCACCGGUGCUGAGGUUCCCACUCCUUACGCCGCUGGUCUUGAGGCCAUGGCCUUCCCCCAGGAGGACACCAUCGUCAGCCAGGCCGCCAAGCUGCUGCGCGUGUAA